GGUGUUGACUGGCAGGUCGCCCGGCCAAUAGGAGGAGGAGACGCGGACCGGGGCUCCGUUUGUAAGGAAAAUGGCGGCGAAGCAAAAUGUCAGCAGUGACAGUGACAGUGACAGUGAGCUGGAGCUGAUCGAUUGCCCUCGUCGUGUCCGCCAGCCCCGCGUCAAACAUCGCAGGAUCCUCGAUAGUGCCAACGUACUAACUGUCCCCAUUUACACCGGACGGGUCAGCCGCACGUUGACUCUGUACCAGGAGAAUCCCGAAGAGGUGGACCGGGUUUUCCAGCGUCUGGGGCGGGAGGCUGAUUCCGAGGAUGAUCCAGAUGAAGACAGCGCGUCAGAGAGUAGACAGGAUAGGAAAAGGAAACGGCCGCCCCCACGGGCCCAGGGGAGGUGCCUGCACUCUGACUCGGAGCAGGAUGAGGAUCUGAAUCUGAGUGUCUCCAGUGGUCAUAGGGACCGAUCGCCUUCUCCACCCUCCACGCCCACCACACACUCCCAACAGACGAGGCGAGCUUGCAUGGCGAUAAGGAAAGCCGACAGGAACCUGAAGCAGCUCGAAGAUUUCCACUCCAGCCCUGUGAAGACCAAGGUGCAGCAUGAGUCUGAAGACGUGGUGCUGGUGGGUGUGUUACCAACUGUUACCCCCACUCCCCGAGAGAUUACAAUCAAGGUCCGGUAUCGAGGACAAAUCUACCGAGUGCCGAUGAGGGUGACAGACCCUCUCCAGAAGGUGACGGACUAUCUGUCAGGCCGCCUGGGGGUCACUGCUGAUCGAAUUCUCCUCCUUCAGAAGGACGUGGAGGUGCUGUGUACGGAGACCCCUGAGUCUCAGAACAUCGGUGUGGCAGACAUUCUCGAUUGCUUUGUGAUGUCUGAAUACCCUGCACAGCCCACCGAUGAUCAGGACAAGAUCUGCCUGCGUGUACGGGGAGUGGAGAAGAACUCGUUCCUGGACAUCACCAUCGGGAAGACUGAGUCAUUGAAGAGACUGAUGGAGGAUUACAAAGAGCGGAUGGCUCUACAGCGAUGCCGACUGACUUUCCACUUUGACGGUGCCGAGCUAUCGGAGAGCAGCACUCCCCAGGACAACGAGAUGGAGAAUGAUGAUGUGAUCGAUGUCUGGAUAUGCUCCUCCUGAAUGUCACGCUGGGAACGCUGUCAGGGAAGAGAGCUCGGUGUGGGGCUGAGGGAUGUAUCACACAUGUUGAAUCCUGCCCCAGAUUGUGACAGUUCCUACAGUCAAAUAGCAGCCAUACUCUGGCUCCCUCUGUUGUGUUCAGACUGAACUCUUCUGUUUGUAACUAAUUGUACAGAGCUUUGAUCAACCCAAUUAUGUGCAGCAUAUUGUCCUUUUUUGUAAAAAGAAAUGUCUUGGUUUGCUCCUACAAAA